ACAGUGUGUGGCGGGACAGUGCGGAGUAGGGGGAAAUCCAUCGGCUGCAGAAGGAGACAGCAAGAGCCUAAGGCAGCGUUUGCGUCUGCCUAAAAGGGAGGAAUAAAAGGAGUGGGAGCUGCCGGAGCACAUUCACUUUCUGCCUUGGCGCGUGUACUCGCAGCGCGCACGCUCAAGAGGAAGACCAGGAUUGGUUUACGGGGUAGUCGCAACUUCUUGUCCCAACCAAUCCAGAUGCAGCGGGGGGGUGGGUCCCGGCCCUCACUGGCUGGCGAGACGUCCGCGCGCGGGUUUCGUCGCGUUGCAGCUGUUUGCGGGUGUAGUCUUUGUCCGCGCCAUGGAACCUGGUCUGAUCCGGCGUUUAGCCCCGCGCCUGGGCAUCGCCGAGCCGGAGGUGCUGAGGAAAGCAGAGGAGUACUUGCGACUAUCCCAUGUGAAGUGUAUUGGCCUAGCGGCACGAACCACAGAAACCAGCAAUGCAGUCAUGUGCCUGGACCUUGCAGCUUCCUACGUGAAGUUCCCCUUGGACAGGGAUUAUUUAAUUAAACUUUCUGGUUUGAACAAGAAGAUGUAUCAGAGUUGCCUUAAAUCUUUUGAGUGUUUACUGGGCCUGAACUCGAAUAUUGGAAUAAGAGACCUAGCUGUACAGUUUAGCUGUACAGAAGCAGUGAACAUGGCUUCAAAGAUACUGCAAAGCUAUGAGUCCAGUCUUCCACAAACACAGCAAGUGGAUCUUGACUUAUCCAGGCCGCUUUUCACCACUGCUGCACUACUUUCAGCAUGCAAGAUUCUAAAGCUAAAGGUGGACAAAAAUAAAAUGGCAGCCACAUCCGGUGUAAAAAAAGCCAUGUUUGAUCGACUCUGUAAACAGUUAGAGAAGAUUGGGCAGCAGAUCGACAGAGAGCCUGGAGAUUCAGCUACUCCACCAUGGAAGAAAAAGAAGACAGUGGUUGAACCUUCAGCAACGGAAAUAGAGAAUGUAGUAGAGAUCCCACAUAAACCACAAAAAGAUGAAGAUCUGACACAGGAUUAUGAACAGUGGAAAAGGAAAAUUUUGGAAAAUGCUGCCAAAGCACAAAAGGCUACAACAGAGUGAUUUCAGCUUCCGGACCACCUGUACUGCAAACCAGCGGUGCAUCUGCCACCUCAAGGAAGAUGUGAGGGCUUUGGAAAUUUGUUUGAACUUUUAUAACAAGGAUCCUAUCCUUAAUAGCAAAGAAACCAGCAUUGGGGCUGAGCAGGGUGGCUCUCACAUGGGCAGCAAAUUCGUUAGAUAAGCCACAGUGCCUGGUUGGCUCAGCCUUGGCUCCCCACAGGUCUGCUCUCUCCUACAAAAUGUCAUUGAAACCAUUUUGCUUUCUUGUUUUGUUUUAAGCAAAAGACAGUCUCCUGUCCUAUCCAGAAUAUGAAAUUCAAGCUGAAUGGAGUCUAAAGAUUUUACGUUUUUGUGUUAAUCUCUUGGUUUGACUAAAUAUAUAGUACAACCUAAGUUAAUAAAUAUUAUUUUUAUAUGCAU